AUGUCUGCUCGCUCCACGUCCAUACCACAUCGAACUUCAGUAUCGUCCACCACAUCUUCGCAACCCUCGCACUCACUCUCCCGCCCACAGCAGCCUCAACGACUCACCGCACAACAACUUGCAGAACGUGUCAUCUCUCCAACCUCGGUGCUUUUCCCUCCAGGUGCCGCCCCGCCUUCGAGGCUCCAAGACCGACGGUCAUACACAGACAUGGACCGGAAGCACCCCAGCUCAUUCCAGCAAUUGGAGAAGCUAGGCGAAGGGACAUACGCAACCGUCUACAAGGGCCGAAACCGACAGACUGGCGAACUCGUCGCACUCAAAGAGAUCCACCUGGACUCAGAAGAAGGCACGCCCUCAACGGCAAUCCGAGAAAUAAGUUUGAUGAAAGAGCUGAAACACGAAAACAUUGUCACAUUAUACGAUGUCAUCCACACCGAGAACAAACUGAUGCUGGUGUUUGAGUACAUGGAUAAGGAUCUUAAGAAGUACAUGGAUGCCCGUGGUGAUCGGGGACAGUUGGACCAAGUCACGAUCAAGCGAUUCAUGCAGGAUUUGCUCAGAGGCACGGCAUUCUGCCACGACAAUAGGGUUCUGCACCGGGACCUGAAACCCCAGAACCUACUCAUCAACACUAAGGGACAACUGAAGCUGGCCGACUUUGGGCUGGCAAGAGCAUUUGGCAUUCCGGUGAACACAUUCUCCAAUGAGGUGGUGACGCUGUGGUAUCGAGCCCCAGACGUGCUAUUGGGAUCACGGACGUACAACACCAGUAUCGACAUAUGGUCUGCAGGUUGCAUCAUGGCGGAGAUGUAUACCGGCCGGCCUCUGUUUCCCGGCACUACCAACGAGGAUCAACUGCAGAAGAUAUUCAGAUUGAUGGGCACGCCUUCAGAACGAACCUGGCCAGGAAUUUCCCAGCUACCUGAAUACAAGACCAACUUCCCGUCCUAUGCCACGCAAUCUCUGAGUAUCCUCCUGCCGCAGGUCGAUCAGCUCGGCCUGGAUUUGUUAGGGAAGCUGCUGCAGCUCAGACCGGAGAACCGCAUCAGUGCGCAGGACGCCCUAAGACACCCAUGGUUCCAAGAUCUACCGAACUAUGCUGGACAAGGAAGAGCACAGGUUAGUGCCACUAUGCACCAGCCAGCACAACUGGCGCAUCAAGGAGGCGGAGUUGGAGGUUACGGGGCACAGCCAGGUAUGGUAGGACCCGGAGCCUAUUAG